CCUGAGAUUUGACCAUUUGAUCAGACCAUCGCUCAAAACUUUGUGUACAAACUAUGCAAAACCUAGAAACAUCUGGCACCGUCUAAUCCUCUAUGUAUAUAUAUACCCCAAUCCCCAGCUCUACAAAAAUCUCUCAUCUUUCUUUCAUUCAUCCAUUCUCUCUUUGUUCAUAUGCGGAAUAUCUUUGAGAUCCAUCCAUCAUGAGCAAUAUACCAAGAUCUCUUACAGAUUCCUCUCUGACCCUCUUCAAUCUAGUCAUCUCUGCCUCUGAUCCUUGGCCUUUCUCUCUUGUUUUAUCAUCAUAACUUUCCCACAAAAGCCAAUUCAGUAACCAGAGCUUGUACUGUACAAAAAUUAGGUUUUUUUUCUGGGUUUAUAUGGGGAUUGGGGUAGACAGAAACCAACCGAAUUUCCACGUCCAUAUGCCACACCUCCAGUUUCACCACUACCACCACCACCUCCACCAGCAGCUGCAUGAGAAGAAGGAAUUGAAAGAAAUCCCAAAGGGGUGUUUGGCAAUCAAGGUGGGUCAAGGUGAGGAGCAAGAAAGGUUCGUUAUACCUGUGAUCUACAUCAACCAUCCACUCUUCAUGCAGCUGUUGAAGGAAGCUGAGGAAGAGUUUGGGUUUGAUCAGAAGGGUCCCAUCACAAUCCCUUGCCAGGUGGAGGAGUUCCGCACCGUCCAGGGCAUGAUUGAUGGAGAGAAAUGGCACCACCAGCACCACCAACACCAUCACCACCAUCAUGUUUGGUGUUUUAGGGUUUGAUGCAUGAUCUGAUGUUGCAGUCAUGUUUUCUCGAUCUGUUUCUUUCUCUUUCUCUUAUUUACUUCUGAAAAAACGUACCCAUGGAAUAUUGAUGAUGAAGAAAAGUCGGAUCAUAAGAUUAAUAAUUCGUUCUUGUUUUCUGUAUAUUUUAAUUUAAUUUGGGGCCUUAACAAAUUAGAACAAAAUCACAUUUCAAAGUA